GAGAGUCUUCACUGCAGCAGCUCAGCUUGCAUCUCCUGGACAGGUUCCUGCUGCACCAGAGCAAAGAAAUACAACCACUUUCUGAGGAGUGAAGGCGAUCGAUCCUCUGCAGCCAUGUGUGACCAGACGUUCAUGGCGGCCACAUUCGGCCCCUGUGACAGCUGUGGGAAAGCCAGUCCACUGAUGAACAUCUACAUCAAGAGCGAGGCCAUCAACUACUGCUCCUUCUGUGUGGAAAUGAUGGCCUGCCAGCAGCUCCAGAAGGGAGAGACCCUGCAGUCCCUGAAGAAGGAGAGCGACAGUCUGAAGAAGAAGCUGGAGGAGGAGCGGGGCAAGCUGAACGACGUGGAGCUACACCAGGUGGCUGAGAAGGUGGAGGUGCUGUCUUCCCUCUCCAUAAAGACCAGACGGGUGCUGAAGGGCCACGGGAACAAGGUGCUGUGUGUGGACUGGUGCAAAGACAAACGCCGUCUGGUCAGCUCCUCACAGGAUGGGAAAGCUAUAGUUUGGGAUGCCUUUACUCUGAACAAGGAGCACGGGGUGACCCUGCCGUGCACAUGGGUGAUGGCUUGUGCAUACGCCCCUUCAGGCUGCGCGGUGGCAUGUGGCGGCUUGGAUAACAAAUGCUCAGUGGUCCCGCUGUCACUGGACAAAAACGAGAACUUGGCUGCAAAGAAGAAGUCAGUGGCCAUGCACACUAAUUAUGUAUCAGGAUGCACCUUCACCAACUCUGACAUGCAGCUCCUGACUUCCAGUGGCGAUGGCACAUGCGCCCUGUGGGAUGUGGAAAGUGGGCAACUGCUGCAGAGUUUCCACGGUCACACAGCUGAUGUGCUGUCCUUGGACCUCGCUCCGUCAGAGACCGGAAAUACAUUUGUCUCUGGAGGCUGUGAUAUGAAGGCCAACGUGUGGGACAUGCGCUCUGGACAGAACAUCCAGUCUUUUGAGAGCCACGAGUCAGAUAUCAACUGUGUCAGGUACUACCCCAGUGGAGACGCAUUUGCAUCUGCGUCAGACGACGCCACGUGCCGUUUCUAUGACUUACGAGCUGACCGUGAAGUGGCUGUCUACCAGAAGGACAGCGUGAUAUUUGGAGCGUCCAGCGUGGAUUUCUCUCUGAGUGGUCGCCUACUCUUCGCUGGCUACAAUGACUACACCAUAAACGUGUGGGAUGUGUUGAAAGGGACUCGCGUCUCCAUCCUGUUUGGCCAUGAAAACCGUGUAAGCAGAGUGAGAGUUUCGCCUGAUGGCACUGCCCUCUGCUCAGCCUCGUGGGACAACACUCUGCGGAUUUGGGCCUGAUCCCACCUUUUGUGGAUUUGUUCUGGUUCUGCUGCUAUCAAAUGAUGAUUGAUGCUCCAAGUCCCUGUCUUCUGUCAAAGGUGUUUCAAUGAUGCAUUGAUGAAAUCCUCCACACAAACUUUGCUGUAAAAGAAAUCUCUAAAGAAUAAACUUAACCCAAAAUUUUGGAUUCCAACCUUUUGGUAAUGCUUCCAUAAUAGAGUUUAACCCUUGUGCUAUCUUAGAUGACCCCACCCUUGCAUUGACGUGUUCUCCCUACCAUGACAAAGGUGGAUAAAGGUGGAAAGCUUUCAUGUAAUCC